AGCAGCGAGGCCAGUGGCCACGUUGACACCCAGGAGGAGGAAGAGGAGGAGGUGCGUCCAUAGAGAGGCACUGCUGCUGCUGCUGCUGCUGCUGCUGCCACCGGGCUCUGGGUCUCUCCAGCAGGAACCAUGUCCUCGCCGCCCAAAGGGAAAGCAGAGACCAGGGCUGGACACCCUCCCGCUGUCAAGGCUGGUGGAAUGAGAAUUGUGCAGAAACACCCGCAUGCUGCAGAUGCCAAAGAGGAGAAAGAUAAGGAUGAACAGGACUGGGAAACCGGCACCAGUCCACCUAAACCAACUGUGUUCAUUUCAGGAGUCGUUGCAAGGGGUGAUAAAGACUUCCCUCCAGCUGCAGCUCAAGUGGCCCAUCAGAAACCUCAUUCUUCCAUGGAAAAGCUUCCUCCCCCGCAGCAUGUCAACCAGUACAUCCACCAGCCUCGCAAAUGAAUUGCCUGUCCAAGACUCAGCCAUUGUAUUUUCUGGAUGGAAAGAUGACAAGAAUUGUGCUACCAGAUCUUUUGCCUUAAUUGCCUAUAGUUUUAAUGGUUUAAUAUAAAGGGGAGGAGGGAGAGAAGGGAAAAGAGUUUUCACUUCCAUCGCUCCAGCUGAAAAACAUGCUUUCCCAUACUUCCAAUUUAAAAUGUUGCAGUCAUAGAAAUGUAAUCGAAUGGGGACAGUCUAGAUCAAAACAUUCCUUUGCUCAGUAAUUAUUUUAAACUUUUUCAUCCCUGGUUUUUGGCACAACGGGAAUGUAUAGCACGAGAGAUGGGAGUGGCUUAUAUCCUUCUCUCCUUUUCUAUUGAGAAGGUUUUAAAAAUUUGUGUAAGGCAGACCUUUCAUGCCAUUGUUGUGAUCUCUGUUUAAUUUUGUGUUGUUUCAUUCUUCUUAAAUAACUUUGAGGGCAAGUUGCUUAUUUUUUUACAAGCAUAUGAAAGGACCAGAUAUUUCUCAGAUGGGUAGAUAUGUCUUGCAAGUUUGUAAACCUUUAGAGGAUUUAUGCCAUUUUUGUUGCAACCUAGCCAAAGAUUACCUAGCCUGUUGGCCCAUAGUUUAUCAAAAUGAGCUCUGUAUUUUCCCAGAGAGCAGCAAAGCAAUAAGACACAAUAAUCUCAUGAAAACAGCCAAAAUUGAGAAAGUUGCACAGUCCUUUUUGGAUAUAUAACUCCAUAUUACAUAUUUGAAAGGGGUGGAUCAUCUGUUUAAAUGCCCCUUUCCAUGCAAUGCCUCCUGUACAUGGAAAGUUAGCAUGCCUGGCUUGAUUAAAAUUCUUCUUCCUGGUCUGCUAGGUUUUUGUGACCGUGGUGCUUGAGAUAAAAUUCAAGUGUAAAAUGCUUCAUCUGCAGUAUUACAAUAAUCUGUUUCUGCAGACUUGAAUCAACUGCACAGUGGCAACUUGAGUUGUGUGUUUUGUUAAUAAAAUCUGGUAUAAUCUGCUCAUGACCAAUAAUUUGAACUUGCCCUUUUGAUCACAGCAGUCAGAGUACAUUAAAGAGAAUGACCACCGAACACCUCUAAUGUAUUGCAAGUGGCUGCAGAGGGAGGCAUCUGUGUCCGCAUAUGCAUCAGAUGUAUCCAUUUAGCAGUAGGGGUCAGGUGAGCAUUCAGAAAUAUAUCAAAAUUCAUAUCUGCAUCUGCUGCAUGUGAGAAUUUCCUUUGCUGGAUGGAACAAAGUUGGAAAUACUUCUGUUUCAACUAAGAUUGCCAAUUAAUGAAAGCUCGCUCUGGCCAUGCAUACAAAAUUUUAAUUACAGCAGCAUAAUUCAGAAUCACUUAGUUCUUAUACAUUCAAAUUUCACCUGCAUUUUCAGGUACUUUAAUUUUUAAAUGAUUAAAGUAGACUUACUAUUUUUUCAACUUAUAAUCUACAAAGGGUUUAAAUGACUUUGGGGAAGGUUGGCUGCUAAUAAAUUAUUGUUGCAACCGCUCUUCUGGCAAACUGGGAAAUGUCCACUCCCUUUGGGCUUGAGAGAAUCGUUUGUUUUUAAUGACAAAUAACAUGAGAACGUAGCAAGAGGAGAAAGUUUUAGUAAUAAAAAUUUUCCCUUGAAAAA